AGCACCAGCGAAAAGCGCGAACGAACGAAGCCCUGGGACUUGGAGGGCGCGGAGGCAGCGCAGGUGCCACGAGGGACCGGACAGCGGCUGUGGAUCGGGAGAAAAGCAUUCGACGAGGAUGGAGAGCAACAGCAGCUGCCAGCGGGAUGCGACACUGUGGCGCGGCUAAAUCCGAUGCUUGCCAGGUGGCGCGGGGCGCACAGUGACGGCCGAGGACACGGCCUGCGCAGCCUGCUCUCUGUUGUACAAAAGCAGCGCAAUUCCGCCUCGUCUCAAUUCUCGGAGCGCACUUUCUUUGGAGUGGAGUGCAGUGUACGAGGCACACUCUUAGACUCGUAGAGAAGUCGUGCUGGUGCAUCCGGUCGGCUCUUUCGCUUCUUGGUUUCUUCGGUUUCUUCGCAUUCUGCGAAUGGACUGCAGUCGUUUUGACCGUGUUGUGGCUGCAGCGUGGGGAUGAUGUAACUGGACGUUUCGCCGUUCGGAUUCCGAGGGGAGUGGCUUGGCGUGGAGUGGAGUGUUCAGCGCACGGUGCCUGUGAUUUUGCGAAUUUGGGAUGAGUCCUGCAGAUUCGCAGCAGUUUUUUUCGUCGAGAGUCUAGAAGCUGCGGUGAAUUAUACAAUCAUGUCUGCCUUUGCUUUUUCUUCGAUUGCCCCGUAUCUACCACUACAAAGGGAUCCCGCUUCCGGUGAUCUGCGGUGGGUCACCUCUGUGGAAUAUGCUCUCAAAGCUGUGGCUCGGGGUGUGGACACCAGUCUGGUUUGCAAUGGUCAAGCCCUCUGCGAUUGUAUCGUGGACAUGCGUGCAGAGACCGGCCAGUGCAAGGAUUUCGCAGUUCAGUACGCGAAAAGUCUUGGGCUCGGCCUUUCCCACCUAUUCGAUGCUCUAGAAGAUGCAGAGAAGUUUUUUAGCUCAACAUUACCAGGCAUGGCAAAACUCGCCAUUCAGUUGCCUGAACUGUUAAAAGCACAUGGAGAGCAGGUGGACAGAAUUUCCGGAGGUUCAACGACAUUGAGGCUGCGUAUUUUAAACUCUCAACAAUCUGGGAUGGUUCUUUUGGAUCAAGGUUUGAUUGCAGCUCUGCUAUCGUGCGGUUUCUUUUGUUUGUUUCCAGGUGCCCUCAAGGAAAGGAAGAGGGAUGAUAUUCACCCAAUCAAUUUUGACUUUGUCUUCAUAGGAGUUCCAUAUGCGAGAAACCAAAUACAGAAGUUGAAGUGUCUCAUACACUACUUCGAGAAGGUCUGUAGCAGCAUGCCACAAGGGACAGUCUCUUACGAACGGAAGAUAUUACCCCGGAGGAGGCCUUCACCAACGAAGCCCCUUUCUGUAUUUCCAAACGAAAACUUUUGGAAAAAUAGCAAGCGCAGUCUUUGCAACAUGAAAGUCGUCGACUUCGGAGCAAUAGAGAGUGCGGGGCCAGAUUACUUGCAGGUGGAUUUUGCCAACGCAUACCUUGGUGGAGGUGCUCUAAACCAAGGAUGUGUGCAAGAGGAAAUUCGCUUUAUGAUCAAUCCUGAGUUGAUUGCAGGCAUGUUGUUCAUGUCACCGAUGGCAAAUAAUGAGGCCAUAGAAAUAACUGGAGCGCAACAAUAUUCUCAAUAUAAAGGGUAUGCUUCUAGUUUUGUGUUCGCAGGAGACUUCGUCGAUCGCACUCCCACAGAUUCGUGGGGUCGCCGAAUGACUUGUAUCACAGCCAUAGAUGCUCUAUGUGCUCCAGGAGAGAACCAGUUUGACACAGAUGCGAUGAUAAGGGAGGUCAACAAAGCCUUUUGUGGGUUUCUACGUCACUCACCUGUAUGCGGAGCCGUCGAACUUUGGAAACCCUUUAAUGUAGAAGAAGCAAAUCAGAAGCAAGCAUCUAACGUCUCCAACGGAGGGCAAGCUAAUGCAGACCAGCAGAUAGAUUUCAGGAACGCUUCAGACGAGAGCACCGAGGAGGACCGCAAAUCGGUGUCCCCUAGUCCGUGCGCAAUGCAUCAAGAGCAAAAGGGUAUUGCAACCGGAAACUGGGGAUCUGGAGCUUUCGGUGGAAAUCUUGAGCUUAAAAGUCUUCUGCAGUGGAUAGCUGCCUCCGAGGCCGGGAGAGCAGAGGUGUUAUAUUACAGUUUUCGGGAUCCACGAGCAAAGCGACUGCAAGAGGUUAUUGAUUGGGUUUUACAAGAAGGAUGGACUGGCUCAGAGCUGUGGACCGUACUGGUAGAGUAUGGGCAGUGCAGGCUAAAUCGCCAGGUCAAAUGCGAGUUGUACGAUUGGAUUCUUCCGAACCCAACCAGAGGUAAGACAUUGCGCUCGAAGACGGUGAAAUUUAAAUCAACUGCUGAACAGGAACUUAGGGAAAACUUGAUGCAGGAUAAAAUUUGUACAGAUCCAAGAUUGAUGCGGUCCUCUUCCACUAGAAAAGCACGUUCUGGGUGUUGGUGUUGGUUUUAGAUGAGGUACGGCAGCAUCUUUCGAAGAAACUUGUCAAGAUAUACACAAGGUAGCUUGUGUUUGCUAGCCCUGGCUUAUCAGGCGCAUUGUCUUGGCCAUAGGUAAUUUUUAGUUCUCUGGUUUCAUCGGGCCACAGUGUUCUUGGCUCGGCGUCAGCGUUCUUUGAUGGGGUCUUCUUUGUCCACUGUCUCGAUGCCUUCUUAGAAUUUCCGUGAACGCCAGAUGGAAAUCUUCUUCCAACUUAUGGCUGCUAUGCCACUGUACAUAGAAUUUGACAUAUCAGUUGUACGGCUACUACGCUAUUUCUGUGUGCUCGAUUUGAGGGAGCUACAGUAGUAAAUGACCAUUUAUGAAGCUCGG